AAUAGUUGUUUACGCAUUGGAUAAUAUCCGUGGUCACUCGAAGAACCCUAAUCAGGCCGCUUGUUAUAUCUUUAGGUGUUGGUUUUGCUUCCACUUACCAACUCCAGCGGCAGCGUCCAUCUCUCUCGUGCCUUAGCUUGCGCUUCUCUUUUUCAAGCAACAGCUUAUUAUUGGAGAUGGGUCGUGUUCGCACUAAGACAGUGAAGAAGUCCUCUCGUCAGGUCAUUGAGAGGUACUACUCUAAAAUGACCUUGGACUUCCACACCAACAAGAAGAUCUUGGAAGAGGUUGCUAUCAUCCCCUCAAAGCGGCUUCGUAACAAGAUUGCUGGAUUUUCUACCCACCUUAUGAAGCGAAUUCAAAAGGGUUCUGUUCGUGGUAUCUCUUUGAAACUGCAAGAGGAAGAGCGUGAACGCCGCAUGGACUUUGUGCCGGAAGAGUCCGCUAUUAAGAUUGAUGAGAUUAAGGUUGAUAAGGAGACAAUUGACAUGCUUGCUGCCCUUGGUAUGUCAGAUAUCCCUGGGCUUGUUGAGUUUGAACCUCAGCCUUUGGUUCCAUCCCAGGUCUUUGGCAGGGGUCCGGCUGGUGCACCUGGAAGGAGGUUCUGAGGUAAUUGAACUUUCCAGGAUGUUCAAGUAUAAGAACUUUUUUAAGUCAUGUUUUAGUAGUUACUUUCUGUGUUUGUCCUUGAAAUUAUCCUAAAUGUAUGAGUGCUUGAUAGUUUAAAAUGGACAUUUUUAGUUGAUAUUGAAAUCAAAGGAUAACGCACUAGUUCAUUUGAUGCAGAUAUCCAAGGCUUUUCUUGCCAAUUUUUCCAUUCUGUCUAAUGUUAUCGACUUCGUUUUUCA